GAUUUUGUAGGCGCAUGUCUUAUGAUGGAAGAUAGGACUGUGAUGUUUGUGGACAAGAUGGCGGACGUUCUUGGUUUGAAUCUGACAGAGAGAAGAACUAAGCGAUCAACAUGAGCUUUAAGGCUUUUGAUCUCAUUCCUGUGCUAGAGAAGAUAGCUACGUCUUCUUCUGACAAGCCGAAAACGAUUGAAUGCCUGGAUUGUGCUGCACAGAAUUUAUUCAUUGGUACAGCAGACUGUUAUGUGUUCCAUUAUGUGUUUGAUGACACUGUGUCGCCUCUUGGAAGAACUACUUUCCAAUGCAGCCUUCUGACUCAUAAGCAUAUUGGCAUGAAAAAGCCUAUCCAACAAGUAGUAACAGCACCAACCAUUAAUAGACUGCUGGUUCUUUGUGAUGGCAUCAUUCUUAUGUUCAGCAUGUUUGAACUUGAGAUCAUUGUAUCAGGCUUUAAAGACAAAUUAAAAGGGGUGAAUUUUAUUGCCAAAAAUGAAAAUCCUAAUAAUUUUGAUCCGUUUGCUGUUGAGAUCUGUAUUUCUAUUGCCAGAAAGAAGUCCAUUCAAAUUGUCUCUGUAACAGAAAACAAAAUAAUACCGCUCAAGGAAAUUACACUAGCCGAACCACCAUUCUUCAUGGCUGCUGAUGCAGGUGCAAUAUGUGUUGCUUUGUCCAAUCAGUAUCGAUAUUGCAUGGUGAAUGCAUUGAAUGCAAAGGUACAAGAGCUUUUCCAUUAUGAAGCAGAGAGGACCAAGGGGCUGAUCAUGAGAAUAAGAACUGAAGAGUUUCUUCUGAAUGGACCGACAGAUCUGAUGGGAAUGUUUGUGACAUCUGAAGGGACGUCACAAAGAGCUCCUUUAACCUGGUCAUUUAGUGUUGAAGCAUUAGGUUACUCAUUCCCAUAUGUAGUAGCACUUGGAACCAAUAUUAUAGCCAUUUACAGUAUUGUUAGUCAAGACAACAAAGCUCAGAGACAAACUGUCACAUUCAAGGGUGGAAAAUUACUUCUUAAUUAUGAAAACAAAGUUUUUGUUUGUUCCAACAAAGAACUGUACUGUUUGGUACAAUUACCUUACAAGAAACAGAUUGAAAUGCUUCUAGCAGAAAAGAAAGUCAAUGAGGCUCUUCAUCUUGCUCAUAUUGCCAUGGAAACUGAAACAGGCAGUGAAAGAGACAGUAAUCUUCUUAGCCAGGUGCAACAACAAGCAGGGUUUAUUUAUUUCUCAGAGGGAUGUUUCCGAGAUGCUGGAGAGCUGAUGAUCGAUGGAGGGCUGGACCCUAGAGAGUUGAUAGUACUUUUUCCUUCAUUACUUAUAUCAUCCUGGACAUUCCUUCCAUCCAGAGAUCUGCAUAAUAUCAAAGAUGUCAAUGGUUUGAUGAAAGGAAGCAAGACAUUCAUGGCAGAAGCCAAGAAUUUUCUUCUGUCAUUUUUAGAAGAUUCACGGCGGAGGCAAAUCUAUGUGGAAUGUAAAGUGGAGGUAGAUACUGCCUUGUUAAAACUGUAUGCAGAAAUAAACUCUCCAAAGCUACUUGAGCUGGUCACGACAGAAAACUAUUGUGCCGUAGAAGAUACAGAACCAUGUUUGAUGAAAUACAAGCGAUAUCACGCCACAGCACUGUUCCAUAUCUACCACAACGAACCUCAAAAAGCUCUCGACUUUUGGAAAAGGCUGUGUUUUGGAGAACUGGUCGAUGAAACGUUUCCAGGUCUGCCUUGUGUUGCCAGUUUCUUAAGCAGUGUUCAGGAUUAUGAUCUGUUGUGGAACCAUGUUCCUUGGUUGUUGGAAAAGAAUCAGGAAAUUGCAAUCAAAGUUUUCACGGAGAGACCUUCAAAUGAACCACAUCACGACAGCAUGACACACACCCGAAUCGUAGAAUAUCUACAACAGAAAUUUCCAGUGGCCCAGAUCACAUACUUAGAAUUUUUAAUCUUUACGAAGAAAAUAGACAAAGAAAAGUUUCACACUCACUUGGCUCUUCUGUAUCUGGAGCAAGUGUUCAGCGCAAGAAGAGAUCCAUCCUCGUCAGUAGAGACGAUACAGAAGGCAAGAGAGAAACUUAGGAACCUGCUGGAGAUGUCUAAGCUGUAUAGAGUAUCUCAUAUUUUAUCUAAAAUCACCGAAGACUCCGAUCUGGAUGCCGAAGCUGCCAUUCUGUAUGGAAAGAUGGAGCAGCACGAUAAAGCACUGAAAAUCCUUGUGUACAAAUUGAACGAUUUCAAGGGUGCUGUCAGAUACUGUAACAUCAACUCAAAGGAUCGUGACCAAAACUACCGUGCCAAGUUAUUCCAUGCCUUACUUCUUGUUUAUCUCAAGCCUGACAAAGACAUAGAACCAUUCGUCCAACCUGCUAUAUCACUAUUAAACUCUCAUAUGCAAGACUUUGAUACCGUAGAAGUACUUCGUCUGAUCCCAGAAGAAUGGUCCAUAGGUGUCCUUUCUCGUUUCCUUACCGGUUCUGUUCGUUCAAGUCUGCACAAAAGUAGAAAUAUAAGAAUUCAAUCCGAACUAGAAAAGCAAAAUCAUUUAAAGGUUAAAGUUGCAAGCGUUGUAAGUCAGAAAGGAACUUUUUCUAUAAACGAAGAAAGGUUAUGUCAAGCAUGUCGUCGUCCCUUCAACGAUCCUGCCGUCGCUCGAUACCCAAAUGGAGUCUUAACACACGUACACUGCGCGCGCAACAAGAAUGUGUGCCCCCUUACUGGACGCGUCUUCUCGGCAACAGAACAAUAGCUUGAAAUAUCCAUGCACCGACUCGGACAUUUAGUACCCUGGGUUCUAAGAGGCUCUCUCGCUCCAGUGCUUCCCGAUCGUGGGUUCUUUAGCGUUAACAAAACCUAUUAAGACAUUAGAGACCUUUAUCAUCAGGUUUACCGCUGACCGCUAGGGAUCAGUCCCACGCCAGCAAUCACUCAGCAUCAAUGAUAUUCAAUAUGGCCACUCUUCCAGCAACAACUUCGUGAUGACACCUUGCUAAAUAUCGAAUAUUUGACUGAAAACGCCUGACGUCGGACUGCAGUUUGAGGUUUGCGGUACCUAGCAAGAACGUCAUGCUAAAGGUCUCUAUAGUCAACCAUUCACCGUUGCAGCAGUUUUCUCAGUGGAAUUUAAAUCUUGUCCCACAAACAAAUAAAAAUUCCUGCCCUGUUUUCUAUAAGGAUUACAUGGACUUUUGUCUAGUGUUUUCAUAUAUAGACAACAAUAAUUUGUAACAAAUUUCCUGCGCGACCAGAUUUUUAGAUUCUGAGAUACUUUAGCCAUACGUUUUAGCUGAUUGACAUAGUAAUGGUAACUAAGGGGAGUUGGAUUCGUUAAUUGGUUCAAGACAUUUAGGAAUCUCAUUUCUUUGUAAAUAGAGUAAUUCGUGUAAAGAUUUUUGUCCGAACAUCAGUAUUUUACUGACGAAAGCAAGACAUGACGAAAUUUUGACGGGGAAUGAGAGGACAUGCCUGGGGAUAUCCAAUGCGUGUCCACUCAUUUUCCACUCAUUUGUCAUGUUAUCGCACUGCGAAGAAACUAUAGUUCGCAACUGAAAUCAUUAUAUAUUCUUGGAGUGCGCCCACGACUCAAAAUCCCUCCAACAGCCGCCAUGUUAGUUGAUUUAACAAGAGAAGCUAAUGAGGAAUGCUUUAGCCUGCCAAGCAGGCGUUCUUGUGGGUUUGGGCCCUUGCUCGAAACAGGAACCCCAAAACCCCGAUUCUUCCUCAAACCCAUCAAAAGAACGUCUGCUCUGCAGGCUAGGAAUACUUCGUUAUCGUCAACCAAUAUGGCGGCUAUGACGUAACAUGCACCCCAAGAAUAGUUUAUACCUUGUUUCCUAUGAUUGGAAUGGUUACGCAUUCUAUCAGUCCUGCUAAAAAAGUUGAAUUUUUGUUAAACUGAAAAAUUCCUUCUUUUAACUACGAGUACAUAUUACAUAGAUGAUCAUAAUUAUAAAAAUAUAAUGCAAGUCGAACGCUGUGCGUUGGUGAUCGGGUAUAUAAAGAUCAGUUGUUUAACAAUGCUAUGUAGACUGUUAUAUUUUAACAAGGAAUUAGAAUUUUUAAUAUGAAAUUCAAUAAAAUAUGAUGUAAUACA